AUGAAAAACGCGGGAAAGAUAGCAAUGUUUGAGUUGGAUUAUGUACAUAUUCACAGCAUGAGUUUAGUGACCAAUGGUUUGGGAGACAAAUGGCUGCGAGACAUAAGCAAAGAGACGGCAAAUAUUAAAUCAUUUUCAGUGAAAGAAUGUAUUUUUUCGUCGGAAACCAAAAUUACCGACGAAUGGCAGCGAAGGUUUCAAACGGCUAAUACUAUCAAUGAAUUGAUUUCUGGCGUUUCCGGCAAAUACUUGUCGUCCAAAAUUGGCGAAGAACUUGCGGACCGGAAGGCAGACCGGGUUCUGGCCUUUGGGGGACGAGUGGCUGAGCGGCACACGAAUCAGGCCCACUGUCUCGCAGGGAAAGGACUUGGCUUUUGUGUAUUUCAAUUCCAAGCCUUCAAACACGUCGAUCGGCAGCUCUUUGCCAAAGAAGUGCAAAACUUUGCCGUUUCGGUCGUCGAGAGUGAUCUGUCCUUCGGGUACCGCGUAAUCCAUUUCUUCGCGAAUCUCGCGAUACAAAGCGGUUAUCACUUCCUGUCUGUCGACCACCGGUUCAUCGGAUUUGCCGCCCGGGAAACCAAACCUGCCGUCGGCUCGCAUUUGCAUCAACGCAAAGGUGAGGCCAGUCCUCGGGUCGCGGCUCCAGAAGAGUACAUGAGCCGCAUUGGGGAUAAUAAUGGAAAGUUGAUUAUAAUGGACUUGUAUUUACUCCAGUUUAUUCCAAUCGUUGAAAAGUGGGGACAUUUGCAUUUCAUGUGCGGAUCAGUUGUGGCCGAAGACAUGCCAUCACCCAAACGAAACCCCAUUAGUUUAUUGGUGUCCGUCAAGACAUCGCAGCCACGAGUGGCCGACUAUUGGCUGACAGUUCCGGCCGCUGUCCUCACCAUCGAUGACCUCAAACGACACCUGAUGUCCACUCUCGCCAUCGAUGGUCACAACGAAGUGGAUCUAUGGCUCGACAACGGGCUCUUACGCGACGGCCGCACACCUGUCGGCCAUAUUCUCAUAAAUCGAGACCACCUCGAGGUCCGGCCCGCGAACGCAGACCAUUACCCCGUAAUACCGGCCAUUGUGUCCGCCGAUGAAGUCGAUCGUUCGGACGCGGAAUCGACGGACAGUCGGACCACUUAUACGGUGACGAGCCGUCAAAUUGAAGAGCAGAUGAACAGCAGC